AUGGAAUGGCAAAUCUCAGCUUUUAGGGAGGCUCUUAAUGAUUGUUGUUUACGGGAUUUGAGAUUCAGAGGUAAUCGUUUUACAUGGUCCAACUGGCGGGGAGGGUCUCUUUGUACUAAUGAACGUUUAAAUCGUGUUGUGGUAAACCAGUCAUGGUUGGGUUUCUUCCCAAAUGCUGUGGUUGUACAUGGUGUGGUGGCCUAUUCUGACCACAUUCCAAUCUGGGUCAGUACUGCAGGGGAGGGGGUUCCAUCUCGGGUUAAAAGACAGUUUCGUAUUGAAGAGAUGUGGGUUGGUGAGAAGGCAUGUGAGAAUAUUAUUAAGUCCACUUGGCUACGUGGAGCAAGCAGCCAUAAUGUGGAUGAGGUUAUAUCUCAUAUCAAGGACUGUGGUACUCGUUUGGAUGCUUGGAAUAAGUCCUGUUUUGGCAAUGUCCAGUAG